AUGGCACACAAAGAACAUGAGGUUAAUGAUUUGUAUGUCCCUGUAACAAAAGAAUUUGAUACUAUGGAAGAUGUUGGGGUUUAUUUUAGUUGCCUUAAUCAAAGAGAGAAUAUAUAUGAUUUUGAUCCUUUCAGUGAUAGUGGAUAUAAAAAUAUGGGCGAGUAUGAAGAAAAGGUUGUAGAAGAUAAAGAAGAUGGUCAACAAGAAGAGGAAGAAGAUAAGAAACAAGAGGAGGAAACAGAUGAGGAUGAUGGUGACUAUAUUGUAGACCCAGAAGCACUUGUAGAUGAUUGGGAUGUAGAUAUGAGGGAAGUUAAUAGUGUUGUGGAUGAGGUUGAAUGGUUUGGACAAGCACCAGAAACAAAAGUAGAUUUAAACCAAGAUGGGCAUGAAUUAGAGCUUAUUAAUAAUAAUGAGUUUGAAAGUGUAGGUUUUAAAGAGGACUAUAGGAAGAAGAUGUUGAGAAAUUUGAAAAAGAAAGUGCCUUGUUCAUAUGGAGUAGUUCAUGCUAGAACAUUUUAUAUGGGUCAAUCUUUUAAAACAAAGAAAGAUGUGCAAGGUUAG